AUGUGCGGUAACCGUCUUAAUGGUUUUACCCUGUCCGUGGGAAACUCCUCUAGGAAUUACACAGUGUGUUACCAGGACACCACCACGGGUUAUUACGGUCCAGGGAACGUUAUUAAUGGAUCUUGUAACGCCAGUAGUCCGAUAUUAGGAGACACCGUGAAGAUUAUGAUCAACAAUUCCCAGACGCUUACCCUUUGUGAAGUGCAGAUAUUCGUGUGCACACCCGGGACAUACGGACCAGACUGUGGGAAGAGAUGUGGGAACUGUGCUGAGGGAGCGUCUGUCUGUGACACAACAUCCGGGCUCUGUCCACAGAGAACACCAAAGUGCAUGCCGGGAUACCGCCCUGAGAAAUGUGAUGAAGUCUGCACCUUAGGGAACUACGGACCUGAUUGUGCUAUGAAAUGUGGACAUUGUGCAGAUGACCAAUUAUCUUGUGAUUCUGUAUCCGGAACGUGUGCCGAAACAAAGCCCAGAUGCAUGUCGGGAUAUUCUGAUCCGAAGUGUGAUACAGCUUGCAAGGGAAAUUACGGUCCGGACUGUUUGCAGAGAUGUGGGAACUGUGCCGAAGGACGAUCUGUUUGUGACGCUAAAUCCGGGAACUGCCCAGAGGGAACACCCAAGUGCAUGCCGGGAUACACUGGUGUAAAUUGCGAUACAGAAUGUACGCUGGGCACUUAUGGUCCGGGUUGUAAAGAAACCUGUGGCUUCUGUGCUGAAGGAAACGCUGUGUGUAACACCACAUCCGGGCACUGUCCCGACCGAGAACCACGAUGUGCAGAAGGAUAUUACGAGCUCUGGUGCAAAUCAGAAUUGCCCGUAAACCCUCCGAAUUACACGGGAGUCAUUGCCGGCAGUGCAGUGGGAAUCAUCGUUGUCUUGGUCAUCGGAGUCAUUGUCAUUGUUAUAUUGAUGAGGAGGUUUCAGCGAAACCUACAAACAGGCGGCGCUACGCAGUCUGAACCAAGCAGUGCUGCCGCCCAGGAGAGAUCCGCUCCGUCGGAAGUUGAAGAAGGAAAUGAAAUACCCGAGCCAGAACGGAUGUAUGAUGCAUGGGACCUGAAUUCGGUAGAAGAACACCCUUAUGAAGCCAUUCGUCAGAACAGCCGUCGAGUUUAA